UUUCGAAAUAUCAUGUUUGAUAGGAAUAAUUGAAAAAAUGCAUUUCUUCUUGUCUUCUUGAUGUUCCAGCUGUUCACCUGGGCACAGAAUCUCGGACUGGUACCGUUGUGCUUUACGAUACUGAAAGACGUGGAGCGAGACGUAUCAAGAUUAUACUGACGAAACUCGUUCCGCUUAAAACUGCAAGAAUGUGCUCGAUUAACUAAACGGAGACAGUCUAUAAUUUUUUCAAUAUUCGGAAGCGCUCUAGAACCUAAGAGAUAUACUGUAGUAAUGGACCGAAGAAUGUUAUAUGAUUAAGGGAUUCUUAAUAAGUAUUUCAUACUAAUAAUAUUCGGCAGUUUGACAGGCAUAACACUUUAUUAAAAAUCAUAGCUUCAUUUUUUCGUAAGAUUUUAGAUUAUCUCGGCGGCGAGUACGAAGAUAGCUGCCUUCGAGGUUAUUGUGCCGUGUAAUCUGGCAGAAGUUUACCUUCUACCAAACUAGCGCUGCAAUCCAGAAGUCAGCCACCUUCAGUUUCUCGACUGUCUUCGUUUGCAUGUUCUGUUAUAGGUCAGCUACAGACUACAAUGAAAAGGACGUUAAUGUGCUUAUUGUGUGCAAUCCAUCAGUAUAAAAAUGUAGAUCCAAAUCUUGAUCCAUAUAAUUAAGUUAAAAUCUGGAUUAAUGACUGUAUUAACCGACCCGCAAAUCAACACGGUGUCACAAGCCAGAAGAACUUGACAUAUUGUUCGCCGUGAGAACCUCAAAUGCUAAUGCUUCUGCAGUAUGCUAAUUUCUUCAGUAUAAUUACCGACGCCCACUGUUUCUCCUUGUGCAGCGGUUCCGUUGACCGCUACCAGGCAGCCAAACUCUGUCCGAAACAAGAAGGUCUUCGAAGUGGCCUCGACUUCACUGCCAAAAAGAACGGACUUUGAAGGAAAAAUAAAUAAAUUUAAUUGGAUGAAAAGUAGAUAAAUAUAAAACCAGCUUUGUGCCCAACUCCAUCGAGUCGUAUUGACCAGUUUCACGCACAUGCAGUCUUUACUCCUGAGGAAAUAGAUCGAAACACUCGUUGGAAUGCAGGAUGAAUGGACGUCAUAGACAUUCAGAAUGUGGUGGAGAGAAUAAUCAGCACGGUCGUAGGAGGAAUCGAAUCCCAAUUAUCUCGAACGUGAUAACUUUGGUUUGUAUUCGGGAAGUACAAGGCCAAAUUAUCUGCCAGAGGUUCCCACCUACACGGCCCAGAGGACAACUGACAUCAUCUCCACCGUGAGAAAUUAAUAUCUCAAGUAGUUGCCUAGUUCAUCUUAUGUUUUAUGUAUUUUAAACGGUGAAGUAUCAUGAAUGAACAAAACAGUGAAAAAGUGACCUGAAGAUGUGCUUGUCGAAACGUCAUUCAUAAGUGACCCCCCCCCCCCAGUGAAACAGUGCAUUAUAAUAGUGUAAUUACAAUAAACACUGAUAUAAAUUGUGCAAAAAAGUGACGGUGUAUUACAGCAGUAAUUACAUUACAGUUUACAUGAAAAUUGAUUCCAUAUUUCUGGCCACGUCUGUACGUGUGGGCGAGAACAAUUCGGUAACCAUGGAGACAGUCUGCAAACAAGACACCAUAUGACGACAAAGAUGAGCGACAAGUUCAUUACAAGUCAAGGUGCAAUGAAUAUUUGCCCCCCUCGGCUCCGUGUCCUGAGUUCGACUCCCUCUUCUAUAAUGUUGUCAUGGGAUGAGACUGAGGGACCAUCUCGGUGUGAAGAACAGGAUGAAAUUUAUCGGCUGCAGUACACACUACAAAUCAAGGACAGGGUACAAGGAUGGGUCACUGUCUACUGGGGUUUUCAAACGAAGUUUGAAGUAACUGGACUAGGCCCCCUGGAGUGUUAUCAGUUUAAACUUAAGGUCACUACCCCUGAAGGAGAUGGCCCCUGGAGCCCGCAGAUUGCUGCCGCAACGAAAGAAGGUCAGAUGGCGAUUGUGAACCUAUUCAGGGCAAUUCAGUAUGGCCAACCAAAAAUUGCAAAGAAGAAUCUUACAAAUAGGUAUGGCUCUGUGGAGGUCUUCAACUCGAUGGGCAUGUCGCCACUUAUGCAGGCAGCAUCUCUUGGUGACCCAGAGAUGGUGAACCUGAUGCUAAGUGCUGGAGCCGAUGUGAAUUUGACCAGCAAAGGGGUUGGCAGAACAGCCCUCAUGAUUGUAUGCUUCAAGGGAGACGCAAAAAUUGCACAUCAGCUGAUAGAGCGUGGGGCUAACUGGGAUAUUCGUGACAGGAAUGGUUGCACUGCUCUGCAUUAUGCAGUGGAUGGAUCAGAGAUGGAGACAGUGGAGAUGGCUCUGGAUGAAGGUGCAGACAUAGAAGCAAAGGAUGUCGAACAGUGGACACCACUCAUGAGAGGAGUGAUACUGGAGAGCUCAGUUCAGAUUCUUAAGAAACUGUUGGAACGAGGUGCAACUCCAAACUGCGUGGAUCGACGUGGACAAACAUGCCUUAUGCAGGCUGUUUUGUCAGGUUGCAAGGACAUUGUAAAGCUGUUGGUAGACUCGGGAGCAGACUUGGUUCCAUGCAAUGUUUACCAUAACACAGCUCUUGAUAUGGCAUGUGCCAGGGAUGUUAAGGAAAUCAUUGUGGUCUUAUCCCCCAACACUGCAGGAGACAAAUUACAUGAAGAGACUGAAGAUUAUUAAUGACAAGAUGUAAGCAUAUGGAUACAGAAAAUCUUGAGGUAUAAAUUUUUUAGUGAGUGGGUUAGGAGUAGCUGCUACCAACAUUUUGUGCAAUAAGAUGAAGCCAAGUGUUGUAUUGGCUUCCCCUCAUAUUUGACAUGGUUUUGUAUGUUUAAAAUUUAAAAUUGUUCUCGAUGUAAGACUUCUGGUUUUCAUAGUGAAUUGAGGAAAGAUGAUGCACCAUAUAGCAUUUGACUGAAUUCCAACAUUUUGGAGGAAUAUACUGCCCAUAGGACUUUGGACUGAAGGUUGAGGCAGUCUGUUCUUCAAAAAUAUUGGUACAAAACCAAAAUGCUGAAUUCCCAAAGGCAUAAGUAGUAUGUUCCUUUGAAAUGCUGGUACACAAAUAUAAUGCUACGCAGCAUAACAAUCCAGAAGACUGCCAUCUAUAUAAAUUGUUUGUAAUUAAUGAUUACAUCAAAAUAUAAUGGUGAUUAAAGUAACACACUGAAUAAGGUA